UGAAAGGAUCGCAACUUCUGCAAAGUCUCUUUCAAGCACACCAGGCAAAUCCAGAGAGAAUGUGAGAAGCAGCCAGCUCGGGUUAGAUUGGAUCGCUUUCAAAGAGGAGAGAGAGAAAGAGAGAGAGAGAGAGCGAGCGAGCGAGACCGGACCGCGAGAGAGGGAGAAAGAGGGAGAGGGAGAGAGGGAGAGAGGGAGAGAGGCAGAGAGAGAGAGAGAGAGAGAGAGAGAGAGAGAGAGAGAGAGAGAGAGAGAGAGAGAGAGAGAGAGAGAGAGAGAGAGAGAGCUCUGCCAUCCUUGGUAGAAGCCUUUUGAUUUGGAGUUAAAAAAAAUUAUCCAAGAAGCUUGCAAUUGGCCAGCAGCUUAAAAAAAAAUCUCUUCCGGGUUUUCAACGGUUCCAAGUUUAUUUAGCUAUUUUUUUUAAUGCAAAAAAAACAGAGACAAGCGAUGAAGCAAUUCGUCUGAGCAUUUUAAAGUUUCUCACGUACUCUUUUUACAUUGCAAUGGAUGAGUUUCAUCCUUUCAUUGAAGCACUUCUGCCCCAUGUCCGCGCCUUCGCCUACACAUGGUUCAACCUGCAGGCCCGAAAGCGAAAAUACUUCAAAAAGCAUGAGAAGCGCAUGUCGAAAGAAGAGGAGAGGGCCGUAAAGGAUGAACUGCUAAGUGAGAAGCCUGAGGUCAAGCAGAAGUGGGCUUCCCGACUUCUGGCCAAGUUACGGAAAGAUAUCCGACCCGAGUACCGAGAGGAUUUUGUUCUUACAGUUACAGGGAAAAAACCUCCAUGCUGUGUUCUUUCCAACCCAGACCAGAAAGGCAAGAUGCGGAGAAUUGACUGCCUCCGCCAGGCAGAUAAAGUAUGGAGGUUGGACCUCGUCAUGGUGAUCUUGUUCAAAGGUAUUCCGCUGGAAAGUACUGAUGGCGAGCGCCUUGUAAAGUCUCCACAGUGCUCUAAUCCAGGGCUCUGUGUCCAGCCCCAUCACAUAGGGGUUUCUGUAAAGGAACUCGAUUUAUAUUUGGCAUACUUUGUACAUGCAGCAGAUUCAAGUCAAUCUGAAAGUCCCAGCCAGCCAAGUGAUGCUGACAUUAAGGACCAGCCAGAAAAUGGACAUUUGGGCUUCCAGGACAGCUUUGUCACAUCAGGUGUUUUCAGUGUGACUGAGCUAGUAAGAGUGUCACAAACACCAAUAGCUGCAGGAACCGGCCCCAAUUUUUCUCUCUCUGAUUUGGAAAGUUCUUCAUACUACAGCAUGAGUCCAGGAGCAAUGAGGAGGUCUUUACCCAGCACAUCCUCUACCAGCUCUACGAAGCGCCUCAAGUCUGUGGAGGAUGAAAUGGAUAGUCCUGGUGAAGAGCCAUUUUACACAGGCCAAGGGCGCUCCCCAGGGAGUGGCAGUCAGUCCAGCGGAUGGCAUGAAGUAGAGCCAGGCAUGCCAUCUCCAACCACACUGAAGAAGUCUGAGAAGUCUGGUUUCAGCAGCCCCUCCCCUUCGCAGACCUCCUCCCUGGGAACAGCAUUCACACAGCAUCACCGACCUGUCAUUACAGGACCCAGAGCAAGUCCGCAUGCGACGCCAUCGACUCUCCACUUUCCAACAUCACCCAUCAUCCAGCAGCCUGGGCCUUACUUCUCACACCCAGCUAUCCGUUACCACCCUCAGGAGACGCUGAAAGAGUUUGUCCAACUUGUCUGCCCUGAUGCUGGUCAGCAAGCUGGACAGGUGGGGUUCCUCAAUCCCAAUGGAAGCAGUCAAGGCAAGGUGCACAACCCAUUCCUUCCCACCCCAAUGUUGCCGCCGCCACCGCCACCACCGAUGGCCAGGCCUGUGCCUCUGCCCAUGCCAGACACCAAGCCUCCAACCACAUCAACAGAAGGAGGUGCAGCCUCCCCCACCUCACCGACCUACUCGACACCCAGCACCUCCCCCGCAAACCGAUUCGUCAGUGUUGGACCACGGGAUCCAAGCUUUGUAAAUAUCCCUCAACAGACACAGUCCUGGUACCUGGGAUAAAAGUUGCAGCGUCCCACCAUCCUCCAGACAGACCACCUGACCCCUUCUCAACUCUGUAACAUGGACGCAACCUUAACCCCGCGCAGUUACAACUUCACUGUCAGUGGAAGGGGAGAGAAACCAACUCAAUCAACUUGUACCUGGAAACAGCAAGCAACGUGGUCAAACAGCAAAGGCCAUAACUUUUCGGGAUUCUUUUUUCUUUUCUUCUUCUUCUUCUUUUUUUUUUUUUUAAAUACUUUAGGGACUGUUGUAAUUUCUCAUAUGGUGCUGGAAAUGGCUGGGCUGUGUGACAUUUGAAGUGUUUCAGUGGUGGCGUGAGCAGUAGCUGACAUGGCUGGUAGAGGAGGAGCCUUGCUCACGAACUUCCUGUUGUAACACUUGUGAGCCUGGCCUUUUCACAGUAUUUCAUGAAUUUGCCCAUGCAGGUGUGUGACCCUCCCUGAGCGUUUGGAGACACCUGGAGAAUGAAAUCUUUUGUAGUAGCUGAGAUCUGUGAUCUGUAACUUACAGGACACUCAAAGGGCAAUGUUUUGGGGUUUUUUUUUUUGUUUUUUGUUUUUUUUUCUGUAACAUAUUAGAAAAAGAAAAUGCAGUUAAGUUGAUCUUUCUUUUAGUUUGGUUUGGUUCAGCAGUCAGCAGUUACAUACAUAACACAACCCGCAAGGACAGUGAAUCCACUCCUGUUGCAGAACAAUUCCAAAAAGACGGCAAAGACUACUACUAUCAGUUUGAUUUUUUUUUUAAGUUUUGAAAUGCUGCACUUACAUUUAAAAAAAAAAAAAAAAACCAUUUUUCAACAAUUUCAACAAUGACACAAAAAUUCACAUGGAAAUGGGGAAGAUGGUCUGUUUUGACAGAAACUGACAGGAAUCAAAACAAUCGAAUUUUGAAUUGAGUGAAGUGCAAUUUCAUUGGAUAGCUAAGUAUCUUUGUAAGAUAGAGAUUGUUGAAAAUUCUAUUUUUGUUUUUCAAGUCCUCCCACCCCAGGACUCUAAAUUAUUGGGGUAAAAAACAGCCUUGCAAGAAAAAGGGGAGCUAUUUUUGCUUUUUAUGUUUUUUAUUGUUAAACUUGUAUCCCUUUAAAAAAAAAAAAACCGAAGGAAAAUUAAAAAAAACAAAAAAACAAAAAAAAUACAAAUCUAAUGGUGCUUUUACCACAAUAUGUUAACUACAUUAAAUGCUAAUUAUUUUCUGUUAUCAAAGCACAUAACUCAAAUGAAAUCAUGGUAUCUGUUAAUUUUAUAAGCUAGAAAUCAUUAUAAUGAAUUAUGCCAAUUCUGGAAAAUCUUACAUGUGUAUGGCAACACCAGAUCUAUCGGUUAUCAAAUGCCUCAUUGUACCAGACAUUGUCCAGAAGUUUCAAAGACCCUUUGCAAACCCUGAACUGGGCUACAGGGAAAUAAUACGAACACUGAUAAGGACACAACUGUGUGUGCCCAUUCAGAUCAAAGUACUUGUUAGGGAAAAUAAAAAACAAGAAAACAAACAAACAAAAAAAAAAGUUCACACCCCCCAGAUGUCUUGUAUCUUAUGUUUAAGGAGAAAAAAAAAAGACAAAAAAAAGACAAAAAAAUCAAAAAAGAAAAAAAAAAAAGCAGAAACAAAUAAACAAACAAAAAAAAAAUGCAAGUGAUUUUUCUACCAGACAGCGAAGCGCCCCCUUGCUUCCCAUGCAACUUCACGGUUUCCUAUGCUAUACAUAUAUAUGUGUUCUGGUUGGCAGGACCUGCCAACCAGAGGAAGUCUCUGCAUGUUCUAGUGUUAGUAACUAAUUUUUAUAUAGCUAAUGUAGGAUAAAGUAGAGUGCAUUAAGACAAUAUUGUAACCCACUCUAGGCACUUGCCUUUAAACUGUCUCAGCCCUUCAGAAGGGCUCAACUACUGUCCUAUACAAUCAAGUGACUGAAAUUCCUGGGAAGACACUUUGCUCCGCAUCUAACCCCCACCCCACCCCAAACAAUGUUGUUUUGUUUUUAUUUUUUUCCUUAAUUUGCACGAAAACAGAAAUUCCAUAUCAAUGUGCCUUGCCCUGGAUAGUGAUUAUUUGUGGAAUUGUUGCACAUGCUCCUCAAGUGAAGGGGUUUUUCCCUACUCAUGCAUUCGGAGACACUUUUUGUAAAUGUUAACUUUUAUGUCAGCCAUCGUCAGUUUCAACAUCUAGACCUAAAUAGAAAGUUAGCUGUUCCGCAGACAGGCGCAGUCUUGAUUGUCCUGUGUGGUCAGUGGCAGUGCUAUUCUGAGCUCUGUAGAUGCUUACAACGUCAGUAUUUGGGAUGUCGCUGCAUUUUUUUUUUUUUUCAAUUUAUUUGGAGUCUUCCUUUAACCCUCCCCCCCCCACCAGAUAUAUGAAAAUAUGCAAUACCUGCUUAUAUCAUGUAGAAAAGCUUAGCAAGAAUUAAUUUUUCUUUCUUUCUUUCUUUCUUUUUUUUUUUUUUUUUUUAAUUUGACCAAAGUCAGUGCUGCACAUGACGCAGUGGGUUUUAGGUGUCUGUCUUUGUAUUUUCUGUGGUUCUCGAUGCACGUGCGCAGGAAGGGCUCCUCUUAGAGGAGCAGCCAAACUGUGAAGCACUAAGCUGACCCUGCUUCAAGCAAUUUUGUUUUUACAACUGUUCCUUUCACAAGCAAGCCUUAAAAAAUAAAAAAAAAAAAAAAAAGACAACUUCCUUUCUCCUCAGCCCCACACCCACUUUUCUUAGCAGAAGGCAGUCAAUCCACAUUCAAUAAAAAGUACAUAAUGCCCAUUUUUAUAUGCACGUUUUUAAACUUCCAAGUUCUGAAAAUUGUUUACUGGUUAUCUCUAUUUAAGGAAAAAAAAUAAAAUAAAACAUUUUGGAUUUUCAUA